CGUCGUUGUUAUGAUUCCCCUCUGAGUCUUUUAUCCGAUGUCCAGUGUGCUCUAUUUUCUGGUAAACUAGAUUGUGAAGGAAGAUCAGAAUGGAUGAACUUGAUCACAUGCUGACCGACCCCCUAGACUCAGGGGAGGGCAGUGAUGGGCGCAUCACUGAAGAGUGCAUGUUGGGAAACUGUCAAGUGAGUCUUCCAGAAGACCUGCUUGAGGAUCCUGAAAUAUUCUUCUCUGUGCUGAGUGAAAGCACUUGGUCUGAAGUACUGACAGAUGACCAGAGGCAGCAUCUCCGUCAACUGUUACCACACUUUCAAGAAGACAACACUUGUGAGCAGGACAGCACCAUCAGCAAACUCUUCAACAAACAGAACUUCUGCUUCGGAAACCCCUUGCACCUUGCACAGAAACUGUUCCAAGAUGGCCAUUUCAAUCCAGAAGUGGUUAAGUACAGACAACUGUGUGCCAAGUCCCAGAAAAAACGCCAGCUGAACUCGUUGCAGCAGUACUACCACAAACUCCUUAAACAGAUCCUGGUCUCUAGAAAGGAACUGCUAGAGUUGGCUGUCCGCAGUGGCCCUGACAUUGCGGUGAACAGAAAGUAUCCCACCCAGACACAUGGUGAGGUGCAGGAACAGAGGGUCAGAGGAAGAGUGUGCCGGAUACUGAGGGAAGUUAAAACUGAGUGUGGAGACAGCAAUGCCUCAUCUGACGAUGAUGAUACAGCCUCUUGGCUGCCAACACCUCAAUCUCCUUCCUCUCCAACGCCCACAGUCUCUGUCAGGGUUUUGCCCAGUCUCUCCACCCAGGACAUGAAGACCACCGAUAAGCAAGAACUGGGAGAGAAGGACAUGAGAGCCAUGCUACGGAGACAUAGAGAGAAGAGGAGACGACAACCGGAUCAUCCAGACUUGAUGACUUCUGACAUCCGCCUGGGUGACAUGAUGUCUAGAGUGAACAUAGGUCGUAAAGGCUCCAUGAUGACACUGUUUGACCUGGCUCUGCCCAAGAGGAAGAUGAGGGAGGAGAGGAGAAAGAAGAAGAUGAGGACAAUUAAAGUGGAGUCUGAGGAUCCCUGUGAGGCUCUGAUGCCUUCAGAAGCCCCAGCUCCAUCAGUUAACAUCACAGCUGCUCUGCCUGAGACCCCAGUCACUCCACUGCCCAGUGUCAAGGAAGAGCCGAUGGAGGAGGUGCAGAACAGCCCUGUCAUGGUGGAGGAGAUCGCAGUGAGCUUCUUCAACCUGCUGGAGAACAUCCUAAAACUAGACGGCCUCGCCAGCACCACCAUGUUGGAGGAGAAGGUCCAACAGUGGCAGACAUCUCCAGCUAGUUCCCUGAACCCCUGGUUCUCCUCGGCCUCCUGCUGGUCAGAGAUGGUGCUGCCGGCCCUGCACUUCCUAGCUGGGGAGACUAAAGUCGGUAUGUUGGUUCUUCCCAGUGGCUUCACUCCCUAUGUGGCGUUCAGGGAAAACUCACAGCGAUGGAAAUGGAUUGGUCCCAGUCAGGAUGGAGAGAAGGAUUUGAGUGCUCUGUGUCAGCUGUGGGUCGACUCCAAGGACUUGGUUGUGGUCAAGACAGAAUGUGAAGAACUAACAGAGAUGACUUCUCCCACCCCUAGAGUCAGUUGGACUGACUUCGUGGUGCGGCCCAGCACAGGAGACGAGAGGCAUGUUUUCCAAGUGCAGGAGCAGCAGCGGUAUGACCAGCCACACAAAGCCUUCACCUUCAGAAUGCAUGGCUUUGAGUCUGUGGUGGGGCCUGUUAAGGGGGUCUUUGACAAGGAGAUGUCUCUCAACAAAGCCAGAGAACACACUCUGCUGCGCUCCGACCGCCCAGCUUAUGUCACCAUCCUCUCCUUGGUGCGGGACGCAGCAGCCCGGCUGCCCAACGGAGAGGGGACCAGAGCUGAGAUCUGUGAGCUGCUCAAGGACUCGCAAUUCCUGGCACCAGAUGUCACCAGUGCUCAGGUGAACACGGUUGUGAGUGGGGCUCUGGACAGGCUGCACUAUGAGAAGGACCCUUGUGUGAAGUAUGACAUCGGACGCAAGCUGUGGAUCUACCUGCACCGCGACCGCGGUCAGGAGGAGUUUGAGAGGAUUCACCAGGCUCAAGCUGCUGCUGCCAAGGCCAGAAAGGCUCUGCAGCAGAAACCUAAACCUGCGUCUAAGCCUAAGUCUGGAAGUAAGGAGGGGGGUGGUAAGACCUCUGGAGGCCUGGAAGCAAGUGAUGUGGGGGGUCCCAUGUCCCCAACUCCGACCACCCCCACUACGAGCACGCCUGGAACCCCCAAAUCACCCCUCGCCCCUGUAGCCACAACCCCCACCAAAGCUGGGAUCCCAGAUUCAGUCAAGACCAGUCCUGGUGUUCUAUUGGUGUCUCCUCCCCCCAUGCCCCAGCUGGGGACCCUGUUGUCCAGCAGCCAGUCUGGCCCCCAGGUCUCUCAGCCAGCUACCUCCCAACACACAGCCAGGGUAGUGGGCCACCAGUCAGGCACUCUCCCACAGGUACGAGUGGUUUCUUCCCAGACAGCAGGAGGACAGCAUGCCACGCUGGUGCACCAAACCCCUCAUCAAAUCAGAGUGCCAGUCACCAUGGGAACCAAGGGCAUCACACAGGCUGUGGUGUCAUUACCACUGAGGACCCAGUCUGCUGGUAGCCCCAUCCAGGUGCAGGCAUCCAGAGGGCAGACAACCCUGUCAGUGUCAGGCCUGACCACUGCUGUUACUGUACUCAAACCUCAGACUGCAUCCCCUGGCGGCCCAGCACACAACCCUACCUCCCCCGCUGUCCGACAGGGAGUCACCAGCCAGAACAUCAUCAAACAGGUGGCUAUCACAGGCCAGUUGGGUAUAAAGUCUCAAGGUAGACCGGGUCUUCCAAUAACGACUACCAAUCUUCGCAUCCAGGGCAAGGAUGUGCUCCGCCUGCCCCCCUCCUCCAUCACCACAGACUCUAAAGGACAGACGGUGCUGCGGAUCACUCCUGACAUGAUGGCCACCCUAACUAAGUCCCCUCUCACCACCGUCAAACUCACCCCCGACAUGUUAGGCACUGCCACUACUAAGAGCAUAUCUGCUACUCUCCAUGUAGCCCCACCCCACUCCACCUCCAGCCCAGCCUCCUCCUCGGGUGAAGUCCGGACCAGCAAGGCCUCUGCUGGCACCACCACCCUGUUGAAGGCUGCAGGGGACACUAUCCGCCUGAUGCCCACCCUAGCAGUCACUAUGGCCGAGCAGAAGACCAGAACCUUCUCCACCGUCUCCUCGUCUGACUCGAAGAGUGGCACCACCAUACGGAUCAUGCCCGGCCUCGGGGUCAUCCCACAGAAACAGGGUCAAACCAUCACCAUGACAACCACCACUGGCAGCAAACCAGUCUCCACUGGAGCCGCCACUGUCACCAUAGCCACCAGCGGACUGGCCGGAGCUAAAGGGGUGACGGUGGGCUCUUCUGCCUCAGGCUCCCUGACUCUGGGAACAGCCACAGCUACUGUCCGCCAGGUCCCCGUCACAGCCACAGUGGUGUCCACACAACCAGGGAAGUUACCAGCUCGGUUCACAGUGCCUCUGUCUGUCCUCAGCCAACCACUGAAAAGUAAGAGUGUGAUGACCACGCCCAUACUGAAAGGAAACCUCAGUACCAAUAUCAGCAGUCUCGGCAGGAACAUCAUCCUCACCACCAUGCCUGCCGGUACCAAGCUGAUAGCUGGGAACAAGCCAGUCAGCUUUGUCACGGCUCAACAGUUACAGCAGCUGCAGCAGCAGGGACAGGCCACACAGGUGCGGAUCCAGACGGUGCCAGCCCAGCAGCUCCAGCAGCGCUCCGCAGCAGGCUCCCCCAAGUCAAUGUCCACUGUCGUAGUCACCACCGCACCCUCACCCAAACGGGCCCCGGACCCGCCACCACCAGCACAGUGACGCGUAUUCCCUAAGCCAGCUACUGCUCUGUGCAGUGCCACCACUCCAGAGGCAGGUGAUGCUUAGGAGCCAUAGCCCAACUCUGCUCUCUCAAUGUUUAGGACGGAUGUCUGGAGUUGAACACAGGAGUAAUCUGGCAGCAGAUGAACAUCCCAGGACAGCAUAUCACUAGACCAUUUAUAGACAGUGGUUAUACCUGACAUGUCUGUUGUGCAAGGCUAAGUUUCAGCAACACUAAUGAAAUAGCCUGCAUUUAGGGAGUAAACGUUAUUUAUGAUAAGGGUUACAUGGAGAAAAUUGGACCACUUUGAAAUGAAAAUGUAUGGCCCUCCCUUCAGCAAAAUAUAUUUGACCUAAACCCUCCCUGAACACAAUAAUAAUAAACCUAAGUGGAUAGCAGACUACUACGUCUAGCGUUUAGCCUCACUUCUGGGACAGACCAGAGCCUUACAUGUGCAGAUUUACAAACUGUUCUUCGUCCUGUAAGCAUUACAUGGCAACAAAUGAGACUUUUGAGAGCGCACAUGGCUGAGGCUAGAAGGUUGUGGGUUCACAGACCAAUGUGAACAAGAGUAGGGGUAGAAAGAUCUCCUUUAUAGUAAAAGCAUUGCAUGAAUCUAUUAUCAUGUCAUGCAGUUCUACGUAAUUUUACAUAUUAUAAUAUUUUUUUAAUGCUGCACAAAUAACCAAACGAAGGGACGGAGAGAGAGGCCUAUCUGUUCAUCUUAUCAUAUUUCUCUUGUCUUGUUUGCAACAACACUGGCCCUGUUUGCAAAUAAUUACAUCUGAGAUGUCAUUAUGAAUCUGAACAUGGUACUUUCAAAAGUUAGGCCUAACUUUCCACCCCAGACAGAUUAGGCCUACCUUUCCACCCCAGACAGAGUAGGCCUACCUUUCCACCCCAGACAGAGUAGGCCUACCUUUCCACCCCAGACAGAGUAGGCCUAACUUUCCACCCCAGACAGAGUAGGCCUACCUUUCCACCCCAGACAGAGUAGGCCUACCUUUCCACCCCAGACAGAGUAGGCCUACCUUUCCACCCCAGACAGAGUAGGCCUAACUUUCCACCCCAGACAGAGUAGGCCUACUGACACAGAAAGCUUUAACUGCUGGCUACUCUUCCUCCAUGGCUUAACCCAACGAGAGAAGGUCGUAAGUGCUUCCCUCAAAGCUGUCUGAGUUUAAACAUAUUUUAUUGUACAGAAAGUGAAUAGCUCAAUCAAUUGAUAGUGACAAAAUUAGAUUGCUUCCCAAGCAAAGUCAUUUUUUUGUCUUCUCGGAUAUAAGAGGUUGUAGAUCAGCCUCUCAAUGUCAAAGAAACGAAACAAUGAUAUCCCCAAUGAUACAGAUUGUUUCUAGCAUACAGCAUCGCGGACGAAAGCGAUUUUAUAGAUCACCCUAUAUAAUCGGAUCCAUUCUAUUUUCUUCAAAAUCUUAAGAUAACAAGGGGUAGGGCUGUGCUUUUUGCCAUUCUCUUUAGUAAAAAGUAGGCAUAUGACAUAACAUAGCAGCCUAAUUUCUUCUGUCAGACAGGUAGGCCUACCUCUUAUUUCUUAAAUAAGAAGAUACAGGCUCCAACACAAAUCCCUCUUGUUAGUAAAGUCUAAUAAAAAUGAAUAUGGUUCAAAUGAACUAUGCCUACUUUCAGCACCAUGAGCUGUUUCUGAUAGAUUGUGCCGUGGCUGCUGCUUCAAGUCUCAGCACCACAAUGUAAGUUGCUGGAACCUGGCUUAUUAUUUACCUCUGGUAAAUAGGCCUACAUAAUGGGAAAGAAACAUAUUGUUUUUAAUCAAAUCUAUUAUAAUAGCAAGCUAUCAAAGUUUACCUCCGAUCCUCCUCAUCUUCACGCUCUCCUUCUCAAACUGAACUGAACAGAACAUGGGCAAGAUAGUCCAUUUUUUGGACUAGGCCUAAUAAAAUAUUAUUUUUGGAAGAAGCUUUUGAGUCUCCUCCUGAACUACCAACAUAGGCCUACACAGCACAGCAUUGGUUAGGCAGUACACAAAAAAAGUUUUUUGAUCAGCAAGAGCAGAGCAGGCUGGGGCUCAGGGUUGGAAUAUCCAUUGCAGUGUGUAAUGCAGCCUAGUUUUAUUGACACCAUCCCGGCAGCUAUCUUAGAAAUAUAACUUUGUUCUGUGCUUGUCUGAGGAUGCACUUCGUAGCCUAUAGCAGGGAUCAUCAACUAGAUUCAGCCGCGGGACAAUAUUUUUCUGGAGCGGAUGGUCAGGUGGCCAGAACAUAAUUACAAAUAAUUUGUAGACUGCAAAUUGACCACAAGAAGCCCAAACGGAUAUAAUGUUUGACUAAAACAUAAUCAUUUCAAACCUUACUUACAUUUGUAUAUGAUCACGUGUCUAUUAUGCGUGGAAAUACUUGGGAACAGAUUUCUUAAAUUAAAACCACUUGGAGCUGAUUUCCUGGUGUCUUUACAGUCUUUUAUGUCCAACAAUGAAAAUUCCACACGCAAAAAAAACUUGUGGGACCAAAUAAAAUGUGGCCCGCGGGCCGCCAGCUGGAGAACCCUGGCCUAUAAGGGUAUGGGUCAUUUUAUUGAGACCAUACUAAAUAGCUUAUAAGGGCACUCAAAUAGCAUGCCCAGUGGAGAAUCAUAGAUGAGGGGUGGCAUCGGGCACACAUCAAACAUCGGCACACAUCUCCUUAUAAGCAACAAAUUCUAAAACACUGAGAAAUAUAGAAAUUUCAUCAAUUACAAAUAAUGAUGCUCCCCUGGACUAGAUAGAAAAAAAAUACUAAACACUCCUCUUGAAUAAAAUUGACUAAGCAUGACCCUCCUUCAUUUUCCUCCAGGCACCCAUUUAUGUCCAUUUCAAUCCAUCCUUACUGUAAGCUUUCUUACAGUAGGUGUCAGGCAAGGCUCGGUCAACAGUUUGUACAUGUCACUAUGCAAACUAGACUGAAACUAGCCUAGUUUUUACUAAUGGCAAACAGACAAAGUGUAUUUUCAUCUUACUCAUUGAUCUUUAUAAACAAAUUCAAAUUGAUUGCUAUUUAUUUCUAUCCAAUUUAAAGCCAGAAUGGUAUGAUGUCUUAUCCAGUAAGCAGAUACAUUGUUCUAGGUAUCCUUCAUCUCUAAGUCUAUGGAGGGCCUUAUCAUUGCAAUUACUGACGAUUUGAAUGCAAAGUUUGUGGUUCCAUCUUUAAGACAUGGUAUAAAAAUAUGAUCGCAGUGUAACCUCUCUUGACAUCCUUGUCAGUGAUUUGUCGUUGUUCAUUUCAUGAUGAUUCUGGUUGUAAUAUAGUGUUCUUUUUUUCUGUGGUUGUGAAAGUAGAAGUAUUUCAUACCUAAAAAAUAAAUAACUACAGUACAAUGA